GCUUUUCUAGAGUGCCGCUGCAGCACUGGAUACAGUAGCUUCCCUUUUGUGUGAAGCGGUAUGGUGUGAAAACAUAAAGGAGCCAGGCUUCGGCUACAUUUAUUUUUUUAAAUAUAUAUCCUGUAAAUAGAAUUGUCGUAAUGUACAUCUCUGGAACUAACAUCAUGUUGUUGCUAUCGUGGCUAGAAUCGUUGCUUAUUUAUUGUAAAACCCAAGUCUAUUCUAUAGCCUUGCUGGCAAUCUGCACGUUAUGCGUUUUGGUUCACUGUAAUAGGAAACGUGUGGAUCUUACGAAUAUUCCGCCAGGACCAAAACCAAUGCCUAUUGUAGGCAAUUUUGGUGCAUUUCUUGUCCCACCUUGCCUUUGGAAGUUUUUCGCAAAGCCACAGCAGACGAGAUCCAAAAAAGGUCAUUUGGCUUUUAUGACGGAACAAGCCAAUUUAUAUGGUAACAUUUACAGCAUCUUUAUUGGACACAAGUUGGUCGUUAUACUGAAUGGUUAUGAAGUAAUUAAGGACGCUCUGACAAACCAUGCUGAUGUGUUUUCCGACCGUCCUGAUAUACCUACAAUUGCCUUAAUGACUAAACGCAAAGGAAUAGCCUUUGCCCCAUUUGGCCCAGUGUGGAGGACCCAACGAAAGUUCUGCCAAGCCAGUCUGCGGACCUUUGGCCUGGGCAAGCUGUCCUUGGAGCCACAUAUCCUGGAGUGCCUAGCUGUCGUCAAAGAGGAACUGUUACAGCACUAUAGGAAUAGCAGUGACACAGGUGUGGACCCGACUCCCCUCAUCAGAACUGCCGUAUCCAACGUCAUCUGCUCCAUGAGUAUGGGUCACAACUUCCAUCACGACGACGAGGAGUUCAACACCUUGCUGGAACUGAUGGCCCGCGGGCUGGAGAUCAGCAUCAGUGGGCCGGCGCUUCUGAUCAACAUCCUACCGGCGCUAUAUUACCUCCCAUGUGGGAUCUUCAAGGAGCUCCGGCAAGUGCAGCGGGACAUCACCGCCUUCCUGAAGAAGAUCAUCGCACAGCACAGGGCCACCUUAGACCCCAGCGACCCCAGGGACCUGAUAGACAUGUACCUGGCCAAGGUGCUGGAGCAGCAGGCCGCGGGCGAGGAGGAUAGCAGCUUCUCAGAGGACUAUCUCUUCUACAUCAUAGGGGAUUUGUUCAUCGCCGGAACCGACACCAGCACUAAUUCCAUUCUUUGGAUGCUGCUGUAUAUGGCGCUGCACCCGGAUGUACAAGACAAAGUGCAGGCGGAGAUGGACAAGGUGGUGGGCAGAGCGCGACUCCCCUCUAUGAAGGACAAGGGGAGUUUGCCUUUCACAGAGGCCACCAUUAUGGAGGUGGAGAGGUUGACCGUAGCCGUCCCUUUGGGCAUUCCCCACAUGGCUUCCAAAACGGCAGAGUUCAGAGGCUUUACUAUCCCCAAAGGAACAGUGGUCAUCCCAAACCUGUGGUCCGUCCAUAGAGACCCCACAGUGUGGGAGGAGCCAGACACCUUCAACCCAGGCCGCUUUCUGGAUGAGGCGGGAAAGCUGCUGAGAUCAGAGCACUUCAUUCCCUUUGGGAUCGGUCCGAGGAUUUGCAUGGGAGAACAACUGGCCAAGAUGGAGAUGUUUCUGAUGUUUACCAACCUACUGCAGGCUUUUCAAUUCAGCCUACCAAUCGGGGUUCCUGCCCCCUCGAUGCAGGGGCGCUUUGGCCUAACACUAGCACCUUGUCCUUACACUGUUUGCGUGAUUCCAAGAUGAAUGCAUGUUUAAAAGAAAAUGUGCGAUCAUUGUGAUGGACAUUGCAGACCAUCAUGCAUUGAGGUAGUUUGUGUAUUUAGAGCAAGAUAUUUUCUUAUAAGCUCUUCUGCAUGCCCGAUGGGAACAGUAUGCAUCCCUGAGUUGAGCCGAGUUCAACAUUAGGCCCACUGGGUACUCUGGCAUUCCUGCAUGAGUGCAUGACUUUAAAGGACAAAUCCGGUGUAAAAUAGAUUUGGGAUAUGUUUGGUAUGAUAACGAGUUGGAAAGUUUGUUUUGGAAAAAAAAAAGCGCAUAUAGACGCAUUCUUAAGUUGGCUGUUUUUAGCCGAUUCUAUCAAAACGCUAUAAACCUGGAACGAUAGGGGCAUGUGUUAUGGUAAAAACUAAAUCGCUGUUUCAAACCACUUAAAAGGUUAGAAGUAGCCUGACACUUCUUUGGUAGUCUUAACAAACAUAUAAAACGAGGCAUUGAUAACCAGUGUUUGUAAUAACGCCGUUUAAAAGAACGGCGUUAGGUAACACCGUUCUUUUUAUUGGGGUAAUCUAACUAAUUACUGUUUCCGUCACUACAACGCCAUCACCGUUACUGUAGGUUAAAUGCGGUGCGUUACUAUGAAUUGAUUGAAUAAACUGGGUAAUCCGAACGCAACCCUGGCUCCAAACACAAACUGCUAGUGAGGAGACCGGGUGGGUUAACAACGAGAUAAGCGAUUAUGAUUGGCUAAGGCAGAGUCAUGUUUCAUGGUAGCCAAUCGGAGCCAGUGUUUUUACACACAAGCCAGGACACGGGCGCCACACACACGCACACACAUGCACACGCACACACACCAAACAGAUUCGAUGAAGCAGCAGAAAUGGCGAGUCCGGAGCAAUCUGAUGAAAAGUUGGCAUUUUCUGUAGUAUUCGGCAGAUGUUCCACAGCCUUUGCAACUAAGCAAAUUAAAAUUGAGUUUGAAGUAUAUCAGGGCCUUUAAUGGGCAGUUCAACCAUUUAACACAUUAAGGCCAAGUGAAAACUGCUCAGAAAAAUCCAAAUUCUUUUUCAUAUAGCAACUUUCUUUUUUUUACAGUAACGCAAAUAGUUACUUUCCCUAGUAGCUAGUUACUUUUAUUAUAGAGUAAUUCAAUUACUAACUCAGUUACUUUUUGGAACAAGUAGUUAACUAUAACUAAUUAGUUUUUUAAAGUAACGUUCACAACACUGUUGAUAACUUUGUAAGUGUACAGAUUGUUUAUUAAAAAUGACAUUAAAAUGUCCUUUUUAAUAAACAAUCUGUACACUUACAAAGAUAUCAAUGCCUCGUUUUACAUGUUAAGACCCUUAUUAUACUACCAAAGAAGUGUCAGGCUACUUCUAGCCUUUUAAAUGGUUUAAAAUAGCGAUUUAGUUUUUACUAUAACAAAUCGUUCCAAGUUUAUAGCAUUUUGGUAGAAUCGGCUAAAAACAGCCAAUUUAGGAAUGCGUCUCUGCGCGCUUUUUUGCUCCCAAACGAACAUUCCAACUUGUUAUCAUACUAAACAUAUCCCAGAUCCAUUUUACACCGGAUUUCUCCUUUAAUGCAUUUCUUGAGAAUUCUUAAAUUCAAUGGAUCUUGUAGGCUGCUCUGAGAAUUAUUUGAGGUUAAUUUGAAUUCUGUUUAGUUUAAUUGCCGCCAAUGGUUUCCAACAGUUUGUAUAUUUAUAACAAUAUAUUCUCCCUUAUGAUCCUAAGAAGGACAAGAUAUCACCAUUCUGGAUUGAUUACCGUUUUUGGCAUGGCCGAUAAGAAAAACAAUGAGGUAUAGCCUACCUGAGAGCAGCUAACUUUACUGGCCCGCUGGGCACCUUGGCAUUGCAUGAGCCAUGACUAUUAUUCUCUUGAUAAUUCUCAUAUCAUUGGAUCUUGUAGACUGCCCUCACCAUUAUGGGGGCUCGUUUAAAUUCAGUUUAGGUGAAUUUCACCAAAUUCAUGUAAUUUGGCUUAAAGUCAUGAUUGGUCAAAGAAUGUUUCCAAAUAAAACGGGCCGGUAGCUACAGUAGCUACAGCUUAAUGUUAUUCUAUUUACGUUUUAAUUAAGUAUGAAUAGAGAAUGUUAUGCAUCCAUUGCACAUAUUUGAGUUAUUUGCUGAAUUGCACAUAUAUUCACAUUCAAUGAAUUGAUAUGGUUUAUUGUUCGUUAAUAAAACAUAUAUUUUUUUCUGUAUAUAUUUUGAACGAUUGAAUACUACACAAAAUCUAAAUAUUAAUAAAGAAUGCAUU